GGGUACUUCCUCUCAGGUCCAGCCCAAGAGGAGAUGGAACAGGUCUUGAGGGCUGACUGCAAGCCCCAAAUGUCUCCCUGGGACCUGAUGGGGUUGCUGAGAUGAAGUUGCUGUGUCUGAAGAAGUCAAACAGUGAAGGAACCUGUUCUGAAGCCGAGAUGUGGAAGUCUGUGUCUGUCCUGUGUGUCCUGGUGGCUUUUGCCAAUGCCCGUAGCAUUCCUCACUACCCUCCCCUCUCCAGUGACUUGGUCAACCACAUAAACAAGCUCAACACCACCUGGAAGGCAGGGCACAACUUCCACAACACUGACAUGAGUUAUGUGAAGAAGCUCUGUGGCACAUUCCUGGGUGGGCCCAAGCUCCCCAUCAGGGUAGAUUUUGCUGCAGAUAUGGACUUGCCAGAUAACUUUGACUCACGGAAGCAGUGGCCCAACUGCCCAACCGUCAAUGAGAUAAGAGAUCAGGGCUCCUGUGGCUCUUGCUGGGCAUUUGGGGCUGUAGAAGCCAUUUCGGACAGAAUCUGUGUUCACACGAAUGCCAAGGUGAACGUGGAGGUCUCGGCAGAGGACUUGCUGUCGUGUUGUGGCUUUGAAUGUGGCAUGGGGUGCAAUGGUGGCUAUCCCUCUGGUGCAUGGAGGUACUGGACAGAGAGGGGCCUUGUGUCUGGUGGUCUCUAUGACUCCCAUGUGGGCUGCCGUCCCUACUCCAUCCCUCCCUGUGAGCACCAUGUCAAUGGCUCCCGGCCACCAUGCACGGGUGAAGGGGGGGACACCCCCAGGUGUGAGCGACGCUGUGAACCUGGCUACUCUCCCUCAUACAAGGAGGACAAACAUUAUGGCAUCACAUCCUACGGUGUCCCUCGCAGUGAGAAGGAAAUCAUGGCUGAGAUCUACAAGAACGGCCCAGUGGAAGGAGCCUUUAUUGUCUACGAGGACUUCCUCAUGUACAAGUCUGGGGUGUACCAGCAUGUGUCUGGGGAGCAGGUCGGAGGCCACGCCAUCCGGAUCCUUGGCUGGGGGGUUGAAAACAGCACUCCUUACUGGCUGGCUGCAAACUCCUGGAAUACUGACUGGGGUGAUAACGGCUUCUUCAAAAUCCUCCGAGGAGAGGACCACUGUGGCAUCGAGUCAGAGGUUGUGGCUGGCCUCCCCAGUACACAGCAGUACCGGAAGAAGAUGUAAGGCUCCUCUUGCACUGCUGCUGAGUUGAUCAAUUCACAAAUAAUCCUGAGUCCCUGAUGCUUUUAACUGAUAGAUUGGGUGCAGAGCCCCCACUCUAAGACUAUAGUUGAGGUUACUUUAUUAAAGCUUUUAUCUUUUUGGGGGGGGGUUUUGUUUUUUAAAUUGUAUGGUGGAGCUGGAGGCAGCAGGUCCUGUACUGAUAUGUGAGUUGCUCUCUGCAAGCCCCUUGCUCCUGGUGUGUAUGGGGCUGGUCACAGCUGUGGGGCAUUCCCUGCUCAGAGGACUGCUAUGGGGGUUGCUGGCAUCUUGUGCCACACUGUUUGGUUAGCUUGAAUCUCUUGCAGCCAUCCAGCCCAAUAUGGCAGAUAUUGGGAGGGUAGGGAGCAGCAGUGGUAGGGCAGUGGAGACCAAACGUGCCAGGAAACUCAGGCUGCUUCCAGGCAUGAUUUGUGCAUGCCUGGCUGGAGUGGUCUGUCUGUUCAGUGCCCAGAGCAAGCAGGGCAUGUUAGAUAACUUGUGCCUUGUUGAAUUGGCUAAACUUGGACCCAUUAAUGACAAAACACUGACUGUUUUGAUGUGGGGCUGGAGCUGAAUAAAGCUCUUCCUGCCUGUGACAAGUCCUUUGUGAAUUGCUUGCUCUGCCCCAUUUGGCUGUUUUUUAUUUUUAUUUUUUAACCACUUGUUUCUCAGCUGUUUGUUUUCACUGCUGUAGCAUGGGGUUAUUCAUCUUAGGGAAGGGCCUAGCCAGAGCUCCCUGAGCCCUUGAUCAAAUGUUCUGCAGUGCUCCAAGCACAUGCUGAAAAGGGGCAAACCAUGCCAUGCUUGUCCAUGGUGGAGUGGCCUGUGCAGCUUGGCAUGCUUUGGAUCAUGCCUCUGGAAGGAUGCUGCAGGUGAAGGGAGUGUGGUGGAGUGCUUUGGGGCUGAAGAUGCUGAACUGUGAGUGGAGAUGAGGGAUGCUUUCUAAAUCUAGUUUAGGGAGCUCAUGCAGCAGCUUAGAGGUAUCUUGCUGUCUUGCACACAAAGCUUUUUUUUUUUUUUGAGCCACAGGUAUUAAGAAUGAAUGAACUUAUUUUUGUUACUGAUGGGAGGUUUAAUAGCUGUGUAGGAGGAAUCAUGUGAUUUGUAAACACUAAUAAAGCAGAAUAGCUUUUUUCUUUUAAAGCACAAGGUAUAUGGCAACAAGCCUGACAUGUGAAGCAGGCCCUCCCUGGUACUGUAUAAAUAGCCCCUUACCUCUGCUUGUUCAGACCACAGUGAGACAGAGCUUUGGUGUAUAUGAAUGGAACAACUGUGCCAAUAAAUGAUUUCUCCAGUG